CCGUCCUUUGACUCGUAACUUGUUAUUAAGACUUGUUAAUUUUAGCUACGAUAUGGCUGAGAAAGAAGAAAUUGAUACUUUUGACAGUUGGGAAGAACUAGAGGACUCUGGAGAACUGGACAAACAGAUCGAAAAAAUUCAACUUAAUCAAAUGUCUAUUCAGAACGGCAUGUCAAAUUUAAAACCUGGACCUUUGAUAUUAUCUCCAGAAGAUAUAAGGCUCAAAUGUAUGCCUCCUGAACCAUCUGUGAAAAUAUUACAGAGACCAAAUCAUAAUGGUUUAAGGAAUGGUUUAAUUAAUGGUGAAACAAAACCUAAGCAGCCUGUUAAAACUCUGCAACAGAGAGAACAAGAGUAUGCAGAGGCUAGAUUAAGAAUAUUAGGUGAAGCUCGAAGUCCUGAAGAAGAACGAUUUUCAUCCCAAAUUGAUGAACGAAUACAGAAAAUUCAAAGUAAAACAGAGAUUCUACGACCUCUUGAGAACUGUGCUGGUAUUAUAAGGCUUCCUAAAGGUCCAGAUGGAACAAGUGGUUUUAAUUUCCGAAGAUAGUUGAGUGUUUUAAUAUUAUUUUUGCUUUUCAUAUUCUAAAAAAAAAACUUUUAAAUGUGGUGUAUAAUGGAUGGAACCUUCAAUUUAGUGCGUCAUAAUUUUAAUGUAUUUAAUAUUUAAGAGUUACAAUUACUAUUGUAAAUAAACAAAUUUGAACAACACGUCAACGCUUAAAUUGUGGUAUAAACCAAUCAAAAACGCUGGGCUACUAAGCAUUAAGAAAAUAUGGUUUCAUUGUAAAUUUUUUUAUGUACAUAUGUGUAUAUUUGUAUAAAAUUUAUGUAAUGGGCUUUAUAAUGUUUCAUUCGUUGUAGCUUACUUUAUAUACUUAGUAAAUUUAUUUUAUUUCAUUAUUUGUGGCCUGUAAAGAGAUAAUUAAUCAUUAAAAGUGUAUAUAGGAUCUGGUUUGGUUUUAUGUUUCUAGGUUUCAAGUCAAUUUGUAGUUAGUAUAAUUUAUAUUCUUUCUAACAAUAAAAAAAGAAGUAAGAAAAGAUCUGAAAAUGUUUUAGGAAGUGAAUUAUGAAACCUGUCAUUCAAUAUUUGUUUCUUUUUUAAAAUUUUAAUUUCAUUAUUGUUUUAUCUCUGCCCUAGCUACGAAAAAUAAAACUUAUCUUUUUACUGUUUAUACUUUUCAGGAUAACUAUUUUUAUUGGUGUUGUGGCAAUGCGAAUUUUCUUUGUUGACAGUUCUGUAUUUAACAAUAUAUAUUUAGUUCGUUAUACAUAUCAAAUUAUUGUUUUGUAAACUUUCCUUUUAAAUUUUUAAUAAUUAUUAUCUAACACAAAUAGCUUGAAUUUUUACUUUAUUUUGUGACAUAAGCUCCAGUAAAUAACUUUGCUGUGUGUUUAAAGUUAAGUAUUGUUAUGCUCCAGAAAGUAUUUUUGACAAAUUGUCAUUUGUAUUUGAUGCCUUUACAAUUUAUAUUGAAAGUUGUGCAAAUAAAUUAAUUUGGACCUAAAAUUUAAUGAAGUGGAAAUGAUCGUAGCAUCAAUUAGUAUACUAUGCCUUGACUCCAAUUCUUUUCAUGUUUACUUUUGAUUUGGAGUUAUACAAUUUCAAACUGCUAUUAUCUUCCAUUCUUGGUUACUAUUUUUAAAGAAAAUAACCACUAUAUAAUUAUUUAAUUACUCAUUAAUCCAUUGUAGUAAUGAUUAUGCCUUGUAUUUUUUAAAAAAACAUUUUCUCAUUUUAACUUGUAAAAACUGUGAAUAAAUUAGCUAGUAAUUAAAAAUUAAUUUUAUAGGAUGAUAUUUUGACUUGAUUUUUCAGUCAACAAUUUUAUGUAUGAGAUCCAAAAAAAUCAUAGUAUUAAACUCUUCAUAUCAUGUUACAGAGCUUUCAGAUUUGAUUUAAAGUUUGUCAAUUUAUUGAAAAAAGUCACUUAGUACAUUUUUUAUAGAGCUAAACUUUAGAAUAUAUAUUUUUGAAUUUGGUAAUAUUCAUACAAAAACUCAGUAAGAGCAUCAAAAUAACAGAUACAGUUAUCAUAUGUCAAAAAUAGCUACAAGUACCCAAUGUUUACCAAGGAAAUAUUCAUAAAAUUACUGAUUGAUUUAAUUAAUAUAAACUGAUUGUAAAUAAAUUGGUUUAUUACAAUAAACCGACAAUGUAUAUAAAUAAUUGACUUCUUAGAGUACUUGAAUUAUCCAUAAAAUUUGACCUACUAGCUUAUUCAUUGUUGUGGAUAUAUUCUGUUUAAGCAAUUCAUUCUGAAUUUGUGCAGAGACCAUUACAGAAUUGGAGCUAAUAAAUAAAGUGUAUUAUCACAAUAAUUCUAC